AUGCGUAUUGCGGGCCUCGGACUAACCGAACUCCUGAUCAUCCUACUGGUGGUGCUGCUGAUUUUUGGCGCUUCUAGACUGCCGGGAGUUGGAUCGGCUUUGGGCAAAGGCAUCAGGUCGUUCAAGACUUCCGUAACGGGAGAGGACGACAAGCCCGGCGGGGAACCGACUGCGUCGGAAGAGCCGCGGCCUUAA